AUGGCGUCUCACUGCAAUGCGCGGCGCUGCUGCAGGUCGUCUGUAGUAAGCCGACUCCACUUACACCCCAAGCUGCUGCAGCUGGAGCAGCAGCAGCAGCACAAGCAGCAGCAGAAGCGGCAGCAGCAAGGGCACCAGACCAUGGGAGCCCAGUGCACUAAGAACGCAGCGGUUCGCCCCACCUCAGCAGCUAGUGCAACUAGUGCUGCGGCUGGUCUGAACCUUGCUGCUGCCUCCCCGGGUGCAGCAGUUCGGCCCGAGGAGCCAUCUGACGUGGCGCUGCAGCAACAGCAGCAACAGGAACAACAGCUGCUGCGAGAAGACCACCUGCGCAUGCAGCCAGAGGGGCAGCAGCAGCUGCUGCUCCAGUCGGGUGCAAGCGCGUUUAGCGAGAUCGGGGCCUCAGCAGCAGGAGCACCUGGGACGCCAGCGCAUGCAGCAGCAGCGGCCGCUGCUGCUGCUGCUGCAGCUAGGCAGCAGGGGGCGCCGAAUUGCGGGCUGGGGUGGAGCGACCCGUCUGCUGCUGCUGCGGGCAGCAGCAGCAGCAGCAGGCUGCAGCGGCCCCAGCGGCGGCUGUAUCAAGCGGAAGCCGUGGCGCCGCCAGCUGCAGCAUCUCGGCCCUUAGCAGCAGAAGCAGCAGGAAGAGGAAAGGCCUCAGCUGCUUCUUAUAACGAUAAAGGCUGUGUGGACAUAGUUGGCGGUGAAGCAGCAGAAGAGGUGGCCCACGGGGACCCCUUCCAGUGGUCGUCUUCUGCUGUUCUGGAUGGAGACGAUGCUGCUGCUGCUGCUGCUGCUGCAGAAGCUGCUGCUGCUGCUGCGGCAGCAGCGCGCGGCUGCAGUGGCAGCAGUAACCUUCAGAUGGAACUUCUGCGUGAGGUUAGUGGCGGCAGCAGCAGUAGUAGCAGCAGCUGCUGCAGCAGCAGCAGCAGCUACAAUGCAUACGCGCAGCAGCUGCUGAUGGAAUCUUCUGUUGUUGGACCUUUUUUGAUGCUACCGUGGAGUGAAACUGAUAAGGACAUUAGCAGCAACUUUUACCUCGAAUGCGACCCUCCAGACAACAGCAGCAUGAGCUGCAGCACGGAUGCUUCAGCUGCUGCCGCCGCUGCAGCUGGCAUUCAAACGCAGCCAGUUGCCAUACACAGUCGAGUGCCUCCUCCGAGGGCUUCUUCUAUGCCUGCAGGGUCAGCUGCUGCGGGUCCUUUGCUAGAGCAAGAGCAGCUGCUGCAGCAGCAGCAGCACCCGAAGCACCGGCGGCGCGGCUCCCAAAUAGAUUCCGGGCACGACGGGCUCUACAUGACGGAGGGCUGCUGCGGCGGCAGUUCCCCUUCUGGUCAGCCAACAGCAGCAGCUGCUAGCACUAUUUCGCGGGCAGCCAAAGCAGUUGCAGCAGCAGCAGCAGCUACGCACCCUUUGGGUUGGGUGGGCGGGCGGUGGGCGGACCCUGAGGGUUUUCUGACUCUUUCGCAGAAACAGCAGCAGAAGUUUUAUGCAUGGCGUCGCAUCAGCGACGCGCUUGAGCAGCAGCAGCAGCAGCAACCGCAGCAGCAGCAGCAGGCUGUGCCUCAACCUCAGGUGCUGCUGGACCUGCCUUGCAGCCGCAGCAUCCGCCAGGGCUUUGUGGGCGACUGCUCCUUCCUUUCCUCCCUGGCGGUUCUCUCGGACUACGAGCGCCGCCAUGGCUUGCCCGUAAUAUCUAGCCUGAUUUACCCCCAGAAACGGGUGCAGCCAGGAGCUGCUGCCAGCUGCACCCCUGGCAGCAGCAGCAGCAGCAGCAGCAGCAGGUACCGCUCUCGCCCUGUGUACAACCCCCGUGGGAUGUACGGCGUGAAGCUGUUCUUCAAUGGGGCUCCCCGCAAGGUGCUGGUCGAUGACUAUGUGCCCACGCGGCGGGACGGAAAGCUGCUGUGCGCGCAUUCUCAGCAACCGUCCGAGCUGUGGGUUUCCUUAUUGGAAAAGGCAUUUGUGAAGCUGAUGGGUGGCAGCUACAGCAUGCAGGGCUCGAACCCGGGGGCCGACCUGUACCACUUGACUGGCUGGCUCCCUGAAACCAUCCCGUUCCGCAGCGACGUCCACACUGGCACGCCAGCCACGCAUACUCCCAUCGUCACUGGAGGAGAGACGGACGAAGUGCUGCAGAGGCAGAGACAAAAUCCAGCGUGGGAUGUCGUUUGGUUUCAGCUCAAUAGGGGUCUCAGUGAAGGCCGGUGCGUAGCUUGCUUGGGCACAAGUGAAGUUUUUGACGCGGCGCCAAGCGGCCUCGACUUCCCUGAGGGGGUUUCUGUCAGCACAGGUAUAGUGGCCCGCCAUGCCUAUUCCGUCUUGCGCCACGCGGAGGUGUUUGGCCACCGCCUUUUGUACGUGAAGAAUCCUUGGGGCUGCAUGCGCUGGCGUGGAAAAUUUUCGCCGGGGGACAAGAAGACAUGGACCCAGCAGCUGAAGGAUGCAUUGGACUACGAUCCAGCAGUGGCGGGCAAGGAGGACUGUGGUUGUUUCUGGAUUGAAUGGCGCGACGUGGUGCGAUGGUUUUCGCAUCUUUAUGUUUGCUGGAAUGCAGCCUACUUCCCAUUCAUCUCGGAAGUCCACUCAAAGUGGGAGCGGUCUCGGUUUGUACGUGAAUCUUUUUUACCAGAUGACUCUCACAUGGUGGCAUUCAACCCACAGCUACACCUCUCAGUUGCUGCGGGCGCUGUUAAGGGUCGGCUUCUGCCCCCUUAUAUUUCAUUUCCUUCCUUGACAAAUGGAGAUCUUUUGGCCGUGGAUGGCACCUGCGGCAGCGGCAGCGGCGCAGCGGCUGCUGCUCUGGCAGCAGCAGCAGCAGGCGUCGGGCCUGCUGCCCUGGCUACCCGCAGCGUCAGCGGCGACGCAGAGGACAACAGCUGCUGCUGUAGCAGCGGCCCAUGCAGCUGUAGUAGCAGCAGCGGUUGCAGCACCCCAGUUGAACUCUGGGUGCUGCUGUCUCGACAUGUGCGAGAGAGGCAAAGAGACCUCAGCGGCAAAUAUCUGGCGGUCCAUAUCUAUGAAGGAAAUAGCCGAGUUUCCUGCCCCCCUCCCCCGGCAAAACAGGGCGUAUAUAGCAACGGCGAGUGCACUCUAGUCAAAGUUCGGCUUGACCCCAAGGCGCUUCACGCAGGAACAGGUGCUGCUGCGGCUACUGCUGUUGCUGGCGGUAACGUGACCGAGGCAGCGACUGAACAGCAGCUGCAGCAGCAACAGCAGGCCAAGAAUGCGGUGGACAAGCCAGCCGCAGCUAGCAAUUUACUAAGGGCCCUCGAUUACGUACUGGUCGUCAGCCAGUACUCGCAGAAGGACGAGUUCAACUUCACAAUGAAAGUCUUCGCACACAUACCGGCGGCAUUGAAGCCGCUGCCCCCGCUUUUUGGCCCCGAGUGGAGUUCAGUCUACCUCAAAGGAGAAUGGACACGGGAGAAUGCUGGGGGCUGUAGCAAUGAUCUCUGGAACUUCUUCAGGAAUCCUCAGUUCAGGAUCACUGUACCAGAGCCCGUCGAGGCCGAAUAUUCGGUGAAUUUGCGUUUGUUCUCUAGUCGUAUUGCUACUCCGCGUCUGCUUCGUACUGGAAAAGCGAUGACCAGCGGUAGCUACAGAGCCGGGUGCUGCUACUUGUCGAGUUCGCUGAAUGCCGGGGAGUACACCUUGAUCUGCAGCACCUUCAAGCCCGACAACUUGGGCCCUUUUCAGAUAGGCCUGCACCACAGGAGUAGCAUCAGCAGUAACAGCAGCAGCAGGGCUAGCAGCAACACCAGCACUAGGAGCUCCCCCUUGACUCUUGCGCCGAUGCCUUACCCGUACGCCGUCCCCCCUGACCCCCGCCUGUAUUAUGAAGCCAUCAAGGGACCGUCGGCAGCUGCCCGCGCUGCUCGCCAUGUGUGGGGACGCGUAGCUCUACAGCUCUCUACGGCGCCAACCAGAGUUUCUCUGCGACUUGAAAUUCUCGCUAGAAAGCUGCCAUUGAAGUCGACACCUGUUCUUUCCCUGUAUCUGUUUGCUCCUACGGAGAGCAACAGCAGCAGCAGCAGCAGCAGCAGCAGUAAAGGAGGGAAGCAGCUGCAGCUGGUCAAGAAGAGUGACCUUGAGGGAGGCCUAAGCGACGACGGACGGAUGAAGUCGUCAGCAGCUCAGGACCUUCUACAGCGAAAGGGGGUGUUGAAUAUCACUCUGGUUGAGCUCAGUGAUACAAACCAUGCCUACAUCGUCUUCAUCUCGACUCCCCCCAAAAACAGCAGCAGCAGCAGCAACAGCAGCAGCAACAGCAACGUUGAGGCUGGUGCUGAGUGGGAGUCCACGCCUUGGUUGUUACACGUUAUAUCUGACCACAAGGUGCAGUGCACAGCCCUGUAG